UAGCUCCUGCGAUAGACUGAAUGAGACUGCAGUUCCCCCAUCAGUUUCAUAAUACUCAGAAAGCAUCCAUUUACAUCACUGUGUGCAGUGCAGGGCACCAGCUGCCAGGAAAUUUGAAACUAUUUUGAUUCCAGUUGACUAGAACAGCAGCAAUUGAAUUAGCUGGUAUCGCUAUAGAUAAACUGAUGAUCUGUGCAUUUUAUUUCUUUGACCAAUGGGUAACUGCUGGAGCUACAGUAACUUCUGUAGUGGCCGUGGAAGCAGCACUUUACUUCCUCAUACCAUCAUCAAUGAAUUUCCAGAGUACGGCACCGUGGAGCCAAGCAGACAGGAGCCGACAGCUUCACCGACACGCCACGCAGAGCCUGUGACACACCGUCCAGAAAGACGGGACAGUCACCACCACGUCAGGCCCAUUCCUCAGUGUGCAGCUCCUGCAGAUAAUUCGAGACCUGAUGCUGGGGCAGCGCAGCUGCACGCCCCAGAAGAAGGUGUGCAACCUGCGGGUAACCUGCCAGAGAUUAUGAAAAUCUCUCGACGGUUAGAAGCAGCAAAGGUGCAAGAGAGAGCAAAUACUUCUCUUGAUUCAGAGACGCAAAUGGAAAAAAAGAGUGUUACUGGCAGCCAAAAUGUGCAGGCAGCCAGAGAACCAGUUCCAGGAGGCCAAGAAAAACUCUCAGACGUGCCUCUUCCUUCUGAACGAACAGCUGAGGAAAAAAAGCAUUUGGUCGUAGAGGAAGAUCUGGCUGCAAUAUGGACUAGAGAAAAGCAGUCCGAGUCCUUGCAAGCCAUUAGUAAUAAGGCUGACGAGGUCCAUGCAGUGCAGGAACAAAGCUGUCACAGACCAUCUGUGGCUAACCGGGAAGCAGCCAGGAGAGUAGAGGGGUGGGCAUGUUCUGAGGAGUUUUCGGGGUACAGUCAAGGUAAAAUGCAAAUGGGUGCUGAGAGGAGGCUCGCUAAAGAGGUAGCUGUGAGUAAACAUGUAGAAUUUCAAGGGGUGGAGAUUUUAUGGCUGCAGAAAGCUGAGGAGCAGAGAAGAAAGAAGCACUCGCUGGUGGACUCUCUGUCUGUGGAGAGAAAGGCAUUCCCCAAAACAUCCAGCCACCCUGCAUCACCAAUGGUCUCUCCAGGCCUGCUCUCCUCUCCAGACAGCGCAUGGAGUGAGGUCCGUGAGGACCCAAGGCUGGGACCCACUGCAUCUGGAGCCACUCCUCUAGUACCACCCAAUGAAAGUGAGAAGGAUGAAGUUACCAUGAAGGACAGGAAGAACCGUGUGGAGGAGGAGGCGUCUGUGCUAGUGAGAGGCCAGGGCAGGAUGACGGAGGAGGGUGAAGCAGCCGCAGGAGGAUAUGAAGAUUUCCUUGGGCAGAGGCACUCCGACGUCUCCACUGAUCUGUACAGCUCACAGUUCGAAAACAUCCUAGACAAUGCAUCUUUAUACUACAGCGCAGAGUCGCUGGAGACGUUGUACUCGGAGCCCGACAGCUACUUCAGCUUUGAGAUGCCACUCACUCCCAUGAUCCAGCAGCGCAUGAAGGAGGGUGGACAGUUUUUAGAUCGGACAUCAGCCUUGGGGCAGCCAGAUGUCCCUGACAAGGAGGUGAAGGGAUGUGGUGAAGGCAUCGCCAAUGGCUUAAAGGAUACAAGCAAAACACUCUUCAGAGGAGAUGUCACAGAAGUCCCUCAUCUGGAAAGCGAUGCUGAGCUGCAGAAUGUGGUGUUAGACUCCAGUGCUGCCAUGGGGAGCAAUGAACUUCAGGAGAAAGAUGCCACUGGAGCCCUUGGCCACGAUCUCAGCAAUGGCAGCAGCAGCAAUUUGGAAGCAGCCAGGCGCCUGGCUAAGCGCCUCUACCAUCUGGACAGAUUCAAACGCUCUGAUGUGGCAAAGCAUUUGGGUAAAAACAAUGAAUUCAGCAAGCUUGUGGCCGAAGAGUACCUUAAGUUCUUUGACUUCACAGGCAUGACGCUGGACUGCUCGCUCAGGAGUUUCUUUAAAGCCUUUUCACUUAUUGGAGAAACUCAGGAAAGAGAGAGAGUUUUAAUCCACUUCUCUAGCCGAUAUUACCAGUGCAACCCAAACACCAUUUCUUCUCAAGAUGGAGUUCACUGUCUCACCUGUGCCAUGAUGCUGCUGAACACAGACCUGCAUGGCCAUAACAUUGGGAAAAAGAUGACCUGCCAAGAGUUCGUUGCUAACCUUCAAGGGAUGAACGAUGGCAAAGACUUCCCGAAAGGACUGUUGAAGGCCCUCUACAAUUCAAUCAAGAAUGAGAAGCUGGAAUGGGCAGUGGAUGAAGAGGAGAAAAAAAAGUCUCACUCCGAUGGUACAGAUGAAAAGGAUAAUGGGAGCCAGACAAAGGCUGUCAGUCGAAUUGGCAACUCAAAUAACCCAUUCCUGGACAUCCCUCAUGACCCCAAUGCUGCUGUGUAUAAAACUGGAUUUCUGGCUCGGAAAAUCCAUGCUGAUAUGGACGGAAAGAAAACUCCCCGGGGAAAGCGAGGCUGGAAAACCUUUUAUGCUGUGUUGAAGGGAACCGUCCUGUACUUGCAGAAGGAUGAAUAUAAGCCAGAAAAGGCUUUGUCGGAGGAGGAUCUGAAGAACGCGGUUAGUGUGCACCAUGCACUGGCAUCCAAGGCAACAGACUAUGAGAAGAAGCCCAAUGUCCUCAAGCUUAAAACAGCAGAUUGGAGGGUCCUGCUUUUCCAAGCCCAGAGCCAAGAAGAAAUGCAGACCUGGAUCAACAAGAUUAACUGUGUGGCUGCUGUCUUCUCUGCACCGCCGUUCCCAGCGGCAAUUGGCUCCCAGAAGAAGUUCAGUCGCCCGCUCCUGCCAGCCACCACAACAAAGCUAUCUCAGGAUGAACAGCUGAAGUCCCAUGAAGCUAAGCUGAAGCAGAUCUCCACUGAGCUUGCUGAACAUCGCUCCUAUCCUCCUGACAAGAAGCUCAAAGGCAAGGAAGUAGAUGAUUACAAACUGAAGGACCACUACCUGGAGUUUGAGAAAAAUCGCUAUGAGAUUUAUGUCAGCCUCCUGAAAGAAGGAGUGAAGGAGCUGCUGAGUGGAGGAGAGAACGAUGCGCCAGGACUGAAGAAAUCCCACUCAAGUCCUUCUUUGAAUCAGGAGUCUCCAGUUAGUGCCAAGGUGAAACGCAACGUCUCGGAGAGGAAGGACUACAGGCCAGAAACACCCAGCAUUAAGCAGAAGGUCACUUAGGGUGGAAACGACAGCGAGGGGAACAGCCAUGCAGCAAAGUACCGGUGGUCAAAAUUUUUUUCAUUUAAUAACCUGUCCUUCACAAAAAAUAAGUGCAUCUGCCUGAAUGGGGUGUUAGUGACAUUUUCUAUUGUAUAUUUUGCUGUUUCUGUGCAGAUUGUGGGAGAUGUCUUUGCUCCUGCUUUGCUUUGCUUUGUUAAUUUAUCAUUUAGCAAUUGAAGCAUCGGGACUUUUUUAUGUUGUUCUGUUUCUAAAGGAGCUGGGGGAGGGGUAGAGCGCUGUGACGUAUAUUCUGUCUCUUCCCCAUUUAUCUCCUCCCAUCGGCAUGUGGCUUUCAUCUCUCAAGUCACUUGUCACUUUAUUUACGUGGUGGGUGGGAAAAAUAACUGGACAAGUGCUGCAGUGCUGUGAAUGUAAGCUGUAGCUGCGAGAGAAGCUGUGCAGCUGCAGAAGCCUGGCUAGAGCCUGGGGUGCUGGGAACAUUGGUUUCCUGUCAAUGUGGGUCAUGGUACUGGUACUUAGCAGCAGGUGCUACAGUAUAUAGUCACUGUUGCUUAUUGUUACUGCAUUGACGGUGGACCCACAAGUGUGAAGGAAUGAAACCUGGAAACCUCUGGCAAUGCUGGGAUGAUGGCAUUGGAAUAAUUUGGUUGCUUCCUUCUAAGCGAAGUCUUCUCCUGAGUUUGCAGGCUGGAAAGCUGGAAAGUCUGGAAAGUAUCCAAACCCGUACUGUCUCUGCUGUCACGGAGAUUAGGGUUUACCCAGCUGGAAUGACUCUCUGGGUUUUACAUUUAUUUGCAGAGGAGGCUGCUGUAGAUGUCAGCCAUUAGCAUUAUAUAUUAAAAACAAAGGGCCUCUGUGUAGUUUUUAACUAUACGCUCUCACUUAGCUGCUAUAUAGAGCCUUAUGAUAUAUUGUGUCCUGUUGCUUCCCCUUCCAGGAGUUUCCUUGUUGGUGUGCACAGAGAGCUUCUUUCAGUUCCUCUGAUAGUGACAAAGCACUUUGUCUUUUUUCUUCGGGAAGGGAUUCUCCUCAGUUCUCCAUUUUCCUGCUUUAGCUCACAUAUAGGUGGAAGAGGCUGGUGCAGACCAGAGGAGGGGGCAGACAUGUCAUUGCUGCAGACUAGGGUUUGAUACUGUCCUGACUACUCUGUGCCUAGAGGCCAGCACAAGGCAGUCUCAGCUUUGUCAGAUCGUACCCUCCACCCACAGAGAACAAGCCCAGCUCACAGCUCCUGCAUACCCUGCUCCAGGCUUUCAGAGGAGAGCACAAGACAGGGAGACACCACCAUGGGUAGAGCUUUCCAUACCUGAAAGCCCACAGACCCUUGGAGUGGCCAGCAGUUUUCAGGCAUAGAGAGUAGAAAGAUGAUGUAGAAAUUGUUGUCCUGCUUCCCAGCCCCUCUUCCCUGGGCAGCAUCAUGUCUCUGCAGAGAGCAGUGGCUCUACUGUUACUUAACAUCCUGGGUUUUAAUCUCAGGUUUGAUACUGGCCGACAGGGUGAGCUUGGACAGGUCUCUCCCGUUUUGACUCACCCUUUUCCUAUGUGGAGUAGAACAACCAAACUGGCCUUUCCUGCAGACUACCUUGGUACGUAAUGUUGAGGACCAUUUGAAAAUUGUUUCUUGCUGUUAUUUUUGUUGUGCCUGGCACAGGACAGCCUUCCUGAUGGAUCCAAUUCUUAAUGCAUACAGAAAUGUCAAGAUCAAUGCAAGGACUGUUUAGAAAAGUGCUGGUGUUUCCAGCCCAAGUAGUCAAAGGGCCACACAUCAAAAAAAAUUGCCACCUGAGCGGAUUUGUGUUCUGCCAGACUUCCCAAGGGUCCAAGUCAAUUAAUCUAGCUUAUUGAACUGCCAGUUCAGUGGGCAGAACUGGGAGAAAAGGCCUUUAGCAGACAUCUAUAUUAGGGAGGGUUCGUAGCAUACUAAAAUCCGAAACCAUGACACCAUUGAAAGCUCAACAAAACUGAUAUUUUUACCAAGAGGUGGCCAACAAAACGAACAAACCCAAAAGAGAGGAAGGGGGAGAGAAACAAGCCCUCAGUACUACUUCCCCAGUCACCUAGCUGUUGCCCAUAAAGUUAUCUUACCGAGCUAGAGUGCCCACAAUCACCCAGAGCAGAAGCUGCAUCCCUGGAGAGUCAGCAAGUUCACAAAUUGGCAAGCGUCCCUGCCAAAAGGCAACAUUGUCCUUGAUGUGAAGCUUCCUGCCUUCCAAGAAUAAAAGCUAUCUGCUUUUAUACAAUUAACUGAGUGACCUCAACCUAGGCAGGUGUGGCCAGCACUGCCCAGCCAGAGGUCCUCAGUCCCACCCUCCGUUAUGCAAGUAAUAUCUCUUCUGCACACGCGUGGCCUUCCCUGUGCCUGCGUACUGCACCCGGGGGGGUCUUUUCCAAAUGAGUCUAGGGGUUUACUUCAUACCCAUAGUCUUCAGUCCCUCCUUCAAGUGACCUUGGAGGACGAUCAGCCAAUCAUAAAACAGCAAUUAAAUAUAGUUUAUACAAGAACUCUCUCCAAGGACGAAGUUCCCGUUUUAUUGGUGCUUGUUUUCUCAUAACUUGGCAGAGAAAGAACAAAACUUUUACAGGUGGCUGGGCCAAACACAGACCAAAAGUAUCAGCGUAAUCAGCCCCUGAUACAACACCGCAUGACUUGCCUUCCCCACUGAGUACCACCAUGCAACAGCUUUCCCAGUGUUGUGCUGACUCUUGGCUGUAACGAAGAUUUUGCGCUUUCAGGUGCUGGGAGGUUUGGGAGGUUUGAUCCUUGCAGCUGUGGCCUGGCAGCAAAACCAGAUGGUACCGUUUUCAUAAGUGAUGUUGGGAUACACGUGCUUCUGGCAUCUGCCACUGGGAGCGGGCACUCCAUGAUGAAAGUCAUGAGGUUGGCCCUAACCUCGCCAGCGUUGCUAAAAACUGCAGAAGUUAUACGUUCUUACUAAGGUAGAGUUGACAUUCAGUCCUCCUGAGGAAGAGAGAGGCCUACUGCUGCUGGAGCCAAAGUGAUGUGGUGCAGCUUUUUGGGUAGGGAGACUCAGUGUAGGCAGAUACACGAUAGGGCUUAUCGGGAGGGAUUGUUUGCAUUAAUUAAGAGUGGUAGAUCAGCAGUUCAUGGAAGGGAAAGAAAAGCUAGAUGCCUGCAGCUAGUCAUCAUGCUCUGGAGGUUUAAAACAAA